AUGUCGAGCGCUAAGCGAUUCUCAUUCUCUUAUGAACGUUUCAGAUGUAAUAACGCCCUCUGGACCCGGAAAUUGCCUCAACAGGCAAAUUAUGUUUUGGUUUCCGAGAAUGUAGACGGAAAGGGAAUUGGUGUCGUAGACAUUGGAAGUAACGGAAUUCGUUUUGGUCUGGUCUCGUCAUUGCAAAGGCACCUGCCUACGGUGUACGAGGAACGUGCUCCAAUCUCUUUAUUCGAGGCUCAGCAUUCGUCAGAGUUAGACUCCGAACCUACCUCAAUUCCCGAAGACAUAAUUGAUGAUGUGGUUAAUUGUUUGCAAAGGUUCAAAUAUAUCUCCAAGCAAUAUGGUAUUGAUGAUGUCAGGGUUGUUGCCACGGAAGCCACCCGUAUCGCUCCCAACUCCAAGGAUUUUCGAGACCGAAUAUUGAAGGCCACGGGAUGGGAAGUGGAAAUAUUGUCUGAAAUUGACGAGGCACGUAUUUCGGGAAUGGGUGUCGUGGCCACAUACCAUGGGGUUGAAGGAUUGGUAAUGGACAUGGGUGGCGGAUCGGUGGAGAUGAAUUAUAUUAUACAUCGCCCAAAGGAAAGUGGUAAUAUUAAUAUGUCUAGCUCUCCCAUAAAUAUCCCUUAUGGUGCUGCCGCGCUGACGAAUCGGUUGAAAAGGGAGGAUACUCCGCAGAAACGUUCGGAUCUAUUUGAAAAAAUAAAGGGCGAACUACGCGAAAACUUCAGUAAGCUGAAUCCCCCAGAGGAGAUCAGGAGAGAUGGUGGAUACAACGUCUAUAUGUGUGGUGGUGGGCUACGUUCGUUGGGUUACCUGAGUAUGUCCGAGACGGAAUAUAAAAUGAGCAAGAAAUCUUCUAACGACAAGGCCGCGUAUCCAAUCCCAAUUAUAAAUGGUUAUGGUACUCCGGCGGAAGAACUUGCCAAGAUCAUCAAACGUCUGGUACCCGUUCACGACCCAUUGGUUACUAAGGACCAAUCCGUUCAAGAUAUAUUUCCAAAAGCUAAUCCAUUUCGGAUUAGCAAACGACGUGCCAAACUCAUUCCUGCUGCAUGUUUUCUACUUGAGGCGGUGAUGGAGGUCGUUCCUCUGAAAUAUGUAUAUUUUUGUGAAGGUGGUGUUCGCCAAGGCAAAUGUUUUGAUCUGAUGCCGGAAGUUCAACGUCAGAAAGAUCCGUUGGAAACUUUUAUACUCUCCCAUCAGUUUAACCCAAGAUUCGAUGUUCAACAUCUGCUAGCCAUAGUUAAAAGUGGCAUACCCUCGGUGUUCUAUGACGUCCUUGAUUACAACGACUCGAUCAACAAUUCGAUCAGAAAACCGAACCGGCUCGAUCGUCUCUUCCCGAAUCUUUUGUACCUUGCUCAUUGGUCAAUGAAUUUGGCCAAGGAAUCCCGACCCAUCGCCGCCUUCAAUCUACCUCUGGCGGGUGGAUUACUUUGCAAUGCACCUGGCCUGUCGCAUAUCGAUCGAGCAAUUCUAUCAUGGUGUUUGAUGUGGCGAUACCAUCAAGACGCCAGUGGUUCCAAGAGUGGUGGCGUUGAAAAUGAUGUCAGUGCGAUAGAUCCGGUGUUAUUUCAUAAUGUAAAGAAAAUGAUACCAGCUGGGAAAGAUGGAAGAAAGGUGUGCGAGAUCAUUGGAAAAUUGAUAGGAUUUGUAAUUCUAUGCCAUCCAGGCAAUUCACUACCCGAUACAAAUCUGUCUGGAAAAGCCAUCAAUGAAUACCCCCGUGUGUGUAAAUUGGCGGUAAAGGACGAUGGUGGAAUUACCACAACGGCGAAGAAAAAAAGAUGGGAUAUCGAGCUGACGGUAUUGACGAAAAGCGGAGAAGUGACUGACGGUAGUCUCGUUCAUCUGACAGACAAUUCAAUUGUUAAAAAUGCAUGCAAAAAGCUUGAGAAAACCUACGAACUUACGAAGGAUAAUCAUGAAAAUGGAUAUCAUUUGGGGGAAAUAAACAUACGAUUAACAAAAACAAUCUUUUCUAGUUAA